GGAGUGUCUACUCCGAGGAUCCACCUCGGGGCUCUGCAGGUCAAUCCAAAGUACGGUUGCGGACUGAAGAAGGACUUCCGGUUUGGUGCAGUUACAUUUUGGCGCCGUCUGUGGGAACCUGAAUUAAAGGCUCCUUUGUUGCUCUUAUCAUGGUUAGAACUAGGUCAGCCCGAGGAGGAAACUCGUCUCAGCCUCUUAGACGAGGUCAGGCCCCUAGCAACCUUCCGCCUCAUCCUCCACCCCCGAUUCCACAUACAGUCCCUCCUGUUGAUCAUGCAGAAGGCGAAGACGAAAAUCAACCACACAAUUCGGUUCAUAACUCAGCCUCCACCGCUAAUCAAGACGUGGUUGCGACUCAGCUUGCUGCCAUGCAACAGCAGUUUGGUGUUUUUCAGCAAGUGCUGGCUCAGUUGUUAGCCCGAAACAAUCCUGGUGACCCACUCAUCAAUCUACUUAAUCCUGCCCCACCACCAAAUCCUGAACCAGUUCAACAUGCUCCCGCUGUUAGUGAAUCUCAGGGCCAAUCUCACAUGGCACCAGUUCAACAACCUCCUCAUGAUGAUGUCACUCGACGUCUAGAUAGUUUAGAAAGGUUAGUGGUCGAACAGCGAGGUGUCCCACCCCCACAUCCUACUGCUAACUCCGUCCCUCACCCUCUCAACACCAAUAUUGUACUGGAACCCUAUCCAGCUGGUUUCAGAAUACCACAGCUUGAAACUUAUGAUGGGACGAAGGACCCCGAUGAUCAUCUACAUGCUUUCUACUCUUGUAUGCAGGCCCAAAACGCCUCUGAUGCGUUGAUGUGCAAAAUCUUUCCCUCUACUCUCCGAGUUUUCCAGUUCAAUGAUGCAGUGCUAGAGGUUAACUCUUUCGACCAAGCAGUGGGAAUUACGGCUGUGAUCUCAGGUCUCGGCCAUGACAGAUUCAGAGAAAGUUUGCUUAAGCAUCCUGCCACCACCUUCAGUGAGGUAAAUGAUCGAUCGCUGAAAUUCAUAACUGCUGAGGAAUAUGCCCUGUCACAGAACCUUACCUCUGUUAAACACCAACACCCGGGCUGGAGAGAUGAGAACCCGAACAGGAAAAGGAUGAAGACGCCACAGAACCGAGGUCCAAUGUCGACUUCCGUCCCGCAGUUCGGAAGGCCGAACUCAGCGCCUCCGCAACAACCUGCAGGUAAAACUUCAGUCAAUUGGACUCCUUUUAAUUUACCAAGGUCACAAAUCUUCAUGCAGAUUAAGAAUAAAAUGGACUUACGACGUCCGGGUCCAAUGAGAACUGCUGCUGCUACCAGAGACCAUACACGGUAUUGCGAUUUUCAUCAAGAUCACGGUCAUACAACAGAACAAUGCAAUAGUCUGAGAUCCGAACUGGAAAGCCUGGCGCAGAAAGGAAUGCUGAAUGAGUACAUCCAGAGAGUUGAGCAGCCACGAUUUGUCAGGGAACAGGGAACACAGCAUCAAGGAGUCCGCAAUCCCCCAAACAGGCAAGGUGUGGGAUAUCAGCAGGCCCCACCACCACUUCCACCACCAGCUAGAGUCAUACACAUGAUUACGGGAGGUCUGGAAGCAGGUGGACUGAGCUCUAAACAGAGAAAGUUGUAUGUCAGGGAGGUUAAGCACCAGAACCGGGCUCAGAAGCGAAAGUUUGACGAUGCUGAGUGGAAGAAUCAACCCAUCACUUUCACAUCUGCUGAUCUUGAAACAGUUGUCACACCUCAUAAUGAUCCCCUAGUUACUUCCGUCACGAUCAACAAUUGUGAAGUGCAACGUGUCCUUGUUGACACCGGCAGUGCACCAGACAUCAUGUACUUCCAUUGUUUUGAGAGUCUUGGGAUAGAUCCAGCUCUGUUGCAGAGGUAUGAUGGUCCCAUCUACGGGUUCAACAACCAACCAGUUCCAGUCGAGGGAGUACUUACCAUGAAUGUUGCAUUUGGGAGUGGCCGAAGUUAUGUGACCCCUACGGUGCGGUUUUUAGUGGUCAAGAUGGCGUCCUCUUUCAACGUUGUCGUUGGCCGACCUACACUAACCGAGAUCCGAGCUGUGGUUUCCCAGUCUCAUCUAUGCAUGAAGUUUCCAACCCCUACGGGAAUAGCAACAUUGCGAGGCAACCAGGAGGUGGCCCGGCAUUGCUACAUCACCUCGGUAACACAACCUCAGAAGGGCAAGACUCAGACACCCGAGAUUAAUGCCAGCCAGAUUGUUGAUGAUCGACAAGUUAUGGGUGUUGAAAUCAUAGAUAACCGACCAGAGGAUGAAACCAGAGCUGCUCCAGUUGAAGAUGUAGAGGAGGUGCAGAUUGAUGACAGAGAUCCGAGCAGGAAAACGCAAAUCGGGACUAAAUUAAACCCGGAGGAAAGAGCAGAGUUAAUAGCUUUUCUUCGGGCUAAUAAAGAUGUCUUUGCAUGGACUUCAGCAGACAUGCCGGGAAUCCCCCCUUCAGUUUUUCAACACAAACUCAGCACCAAUCCCCUCAAGAAACCAGUAGCACAGAAGCGACGUCUCUUCGGAGGGGAGAGGCUAAAGGUUAUUAAAGAAGAAGUCGAGAAACUCCUACAAGCCGGCUUCGUCAGGAGGGUGGAUUACUGUGAAUGGGUCGCCAAUCCGGUGUUGGUCAAGAAAGCAAACGGUAAGUGGCGAAUGUGCAUCGAUUACACUAACCUCAACAACGCAUGUCCAAAGGAUUGUUAUCCAAUGCCAAACAUUGAUAAACUAGUGGAGGCAGCUUCGGGGAAUGAAAGAUUGAGUCUCUUGGAUGCAUACUCAGGUUACCACCAGGUCCCAAUGGCUCCUGAGGAUGAAGAAAAAACCUCAUUCUAUGCUGGUGAUGAAAUCUAUUGCUAUGUAAUGAUGCCCUUCGGCUUGAAGAAUGCAGGCGCCACUUACCAGAAGAUGGUUACCAUCGUGUUCCGAGCUCAGAUAGGACGGAAUCUGGAAGUGUAUGUUGACGAUAUAGUGUCUUACCUUGGCUCGCCACCUCUACUGACUAAAGCCAAAGAUGGAGAAAUCCUCUAUCUAUAUCUGGGAAUUUCAGAUGAAGCCAUUAGUUCGGUUCUGGUAAGAGAAGAAGUCAAGCAGCAGAAACCAAUAUAUUAUAUCAGCAGUGUGCUGCAUGGAGCCGAACUGAGGUAUCCUAUAGCUGAGAAAGCAGCUUUAGCAGUCGUCACUUCGGCCAGGAAGUUGAGGCCGUAUUUCCAGUCGCACCCGAUCAUUAUUCUUACAGAUCAACCCCUUCGGCAAAUCCUGCAAAAGCCUGAGUGUUCUGGAAGACUAAUUAAGUGGGCAGUAGAACUGGGGGAGUUUGAGAUAACAUUUCAGCACAGAUCUGCAAUUCGAGCUCAGGCACUGGCAGAUUUUAUUGUAGAAUGCACUCCAGGUAAUCCCAUUCCUACUUCAGAGCCUAAUGACUGGACCUUAUAUGUUGAUGGGGCAUCCAAUAGCAAAGGAUCAGGAGCUGGUGCUCUCUUGAUUGGCCCAGAUGGAUACCGAAGUGAACAUGCUUUGAAGUUCAACUUCGACGCAACGAACAACAUGGCCGAAUAUGAAGCCCUGCUACUUGGUCUUCAGCUAGCAUUGGAAUUAAAACUCAGUGCAAUCCAAGUAUACAGUGACUCCCAGCUGGUGGUGAACCAAAUUAACUCAAUCUGCGAAGUCGUUGAUCCUGUGAUGGUAAAAUAUGUGGCCCUAAUAGCUGAACUGAAGUGCAAAUUCCAAAAAUUCUGUCUGAGCAAAAUCCCCCGAACUGAGAAUGAACAGGCAGAUUCACUCUCUAAAUUCGCCUCUGAUAGUUCUUCACAUUCCAGGUCAGUUUUUGUAGAGGUCUUAGAUGAACCAAGCUUCGUGAAGCCACGGACGAUGGAAAUCAGCACCGACCCAGACACACCGAGCUGGACUGACCCAAUCCUCUCCUUCUUACGAGAUGGGAUAGUACCUGAGGACAGGCAGGAGGCAAUGAAGUUGAGGAAGAAAGCAUCCCGAUAUACACUUGUCGAUGGGGUUCUCUACAAGCGAUCUUUUUCUCUACCUCUUCUGCGGUGCUUGAAUCCCUAUGAAGCAGAAUAUGCACUCCGGGAGGUGCAUGAAGGUAUCUGCGGAAGUCACGUGGGUGCUCGAACCUUGGCUCAUAAAGUCCUUAGACAGGGUUACUAUUGGCCCAACAUGUAUAAGGAUGCCACUCACUUUGUUCAGCGAUGUUUAAAAUGCCAGUUCUUCGCGCACCUAACUCACCAGCCUGCAGAACAGCUCACUACUCUGGUAGCACCAUGGCCAUUUGCUCAGUGGGGAUUGGAUCUUUUGGGACCAUUCGUGAAAGGAGUUGGCGGUGUCACCCACCUGAUUGUCGGUGUAGAUUAUUUCACAAAGUGGGUUGAAGCUCGGCCAAUAUCCAGUCUUACUUCCAAGAAGGUUGAAGACUUCGUUUUCAGUUCAAUCAUCUGCAGAUAUGGAAUCCCGAAUCAGAUUGUGGCUGAUAAUGGAACUCAAUUUAAUUGCACCUCUUUUCGAGAUUUCUGUUCCAGUUACGGGAUCAAAUUACAGUUCACCUCGGUUUACCAUCCGGAGUCCAACGGCAUGGUCGAAUCUGUUAACAAGUGCAUCUUAGAAGGUAUCAAGCCAAGGCUGGAACAACACAAGGCCAAAUGGGCAGACGAGCUCAACAACGUCCUCUGGGCAUACAGAACUACGAGUCGAACUGCCACAGAUGCAUAACGUAUAAAGCGCAUUCUAAAGU